UUUUUAAAGGUGAUCAGUGAGAAGUGGAAAAAUGGCUAAAUCAACACAGUUAAUUGACAAUGAAGUCUUCCAGGCUUAUGCCACUUACACAGCUAUUGUUCUUCUGAAAAUGAUGCUGAUGAGUCUUGUAACAGCAUACUUCAGGAUCACCAGAAAGGCAUUUGUGAACCCAGAAGAUACAGCAUCAUUUGGCAAAGGUGAGAGUGCUAAGAAAUACCUGAGGACUGAUCCAGAUGUGGAACGUGUACGCAGAGGCCACCUGAACGACCUUGAAAAUAUUGUCCCUUUUGUUGGCAUUGGACUGCUGUAUGCUCUCAGUGGCCCAGACCUGUCCACAGCCUUGCUGCACUUCAGGAUCUUCGCUGGGGCUAGGAUCAUGCACACUUUUGCUUACUUGAUCCCUCUUCCCCAGCCCAGCAGAGGUUUGUCCUGGGCAGCUGGCUAUGCAGUGACCUUCUCCAUGGCAUACAAAGUGCUGAAGACAGUGUUGUUCCUGUAGCAGAGUUGUAGCUUCUGGGCACCAUUCAACAUUGCACACUAAAUUUCCAGCAGUGUACAUUGACGUCUUCAGUGAUCCUAUGAAUCUUCCAUGGUGACUGGAAUUCUAUUUUUAACAGAGGCUUUUCUAUCCUGUUCAGAAAUGUUUCUUUUUUGGAGAAGAAAAAGGAUCCUUCUCCCUGUAUUCCCUGUCCACGGGUUGCAUUGCCAAAUACUAGAUUGAAUGUUCCCUUUGCGAUUUGUCAAGUGCUUACAAUUCUAACCAUGUGAUGAUGCUGUAUUGAUAGCAUGUGUGGUAAUUUUCUACAGAUGCACUAUUUUUGGCUGUAGCUCUGAAGCCUAAAUCAAUAAAGACAAGAUU